CACAAGGCGAAACAAAGGUCUAAUAAAAAUCCGUACGAACCUAACCGCCGCCGCGUGACAACCACCGGUCUGACGACGACAAUCGACCUCCCAAAAAUUCAAACGCCAAUUUGGAUCUUUGCAUCUUCAAUUUUGCUUUUCACAAGCCUAGAAUUCGAUUGAAUUCUUCCCGAUUGUUCUCCAUUGUCGCCCCUCUGAAAUCUCCGCCCCCUUUUUAGGAUAGAAUGGAGGAUCGGUCCACCGGAGGACAAUUCUCCGGCGGCGCAUCUGGAUCGGCGUCGUGGGAGGGUUACUCGGAGUCGCCGCCGUUGCCUUUUCCUCCCCGUAGGUUUCCGGAUUAUAGCCCCGAUUUUUACCGCGAGGAUCGGUUCCAGGCGACAAAUAACGAGGGCUUAUUGACGAGCAACAACCGCCAUGGCUCCGCCGCGAGCACAGAUGAUGUCAAGUCCUGCUUCGUCGUCUCCACGGCGUUCUCCUUUUUCGUAUCUAUAUGCCUUGCAUUUGGGCUGUACGGAUCGGAAACUCUCAAGCUCGGAUCUAACACCUCAGCCUUGAUAAAUCCGAACCAUCUAUUUGUGGACUCUAUAAAGGUAGCAGAACUUGACGUAGCCGAAGGACCAGUGCUAUACGGAUUUUAUAAAACUCCACGUCUUGAUGUUAUGGAUGUGUGGUCCGAGGAUCACACGGUAACGCUUCCAUCUAAUUUUCACAAGGAAUGGGUUUAUUAUUUGAAUGAAGGAUCACAAUUAAGUAUAAACUAUACGGUGGAAUCCCUUUCUUCGCUUGUUCUUGCAAUUCUCGAAGGCGAAGAAGGUCUUGCUAAGUGGCUUGAGGAUCCAUCAAAUCCGAAUACGGCCUCGUCAUGGAAUAUAAUCUAUGGAAAUGGCUUGAUUCAAAAGGACAUAACUAAAUCUACAUCCUACUAUAUCGCAGUCGGUAACUUAAAUGAUGAAGCCAUCAAGGUGGACCUGAGUAGCCGAAUAAAGGCUUUACUAUAUAACACAACUGGACCGUACUACACUUGUCGGCCUGCAUACGGUGAAUGCAAUUUCAAACUGUUCUGGCUAGGCGGAAAUGCUGCUGUUCUCACUUCGCCCCGUCUAUUACCGGGUACGUCGAAGGUUAAUUGGCGUGUCAAACUUUCGUACGGAGCUCGCUGGAUGACAUACGUGCUUGGAACAGGCGCUAUGAUUUCUCUUCUGGUACUCAUUAAUUACUUUCUGAAUCAUUUUCAACGGACUCGGCGGCAUAGGACGAGAGACAAUCAGAGCGGAGAAAGCCGAGCCGAGAGAAACCCCUUGAUUUCGAACGAAAGCGAUAAGCACUCGAGCAGAAGUUCUUCUUUCGACUCUGCUUCAGAGGGUGAAGGUUUUCUCGAAGAUGCAAAACCGGGCGCCGAUAAGCCGGGUAGAGACGAGGAAGACAGCCGGCGGCUUUGUGCGAUUUGCUUCGAGGAUCCUAAGGAUUGUUUCUUCCUUCCUUGUGGUCACUGCGUGUCUUGUCAUGGAUGCGCGACGAAGGUUCUAGAAGCCUCCGGAUCUUGCCCUAUAUGCCGGCGGCGCAUAAAGAAGGUAAGAAAGAUUAUCACGGUUUGAGUCGAGUCGAGUUGAAUAUAGUAUUUGUUGUUGUUCAUUCGCUCUUACAUCCUCUUGCCGGAAAACGUACAAAUAGGUAGGAACUAACAGAUGUUGUUUGUUUAUAUGUUUGGUUGUAUUCAGUUCAGGAAAAUUGCCCCUUGAACAAAACAGCUGAUGUUGUGUGUAUAUGUAUAUGUAUGUAUGUAUGUAUGUAUUGAUUGGGUUAAGUGUUGAUACAAUAUUUAUUACUGUAGUUUUGAUUUCUUAGGGUGUGUUUGUCUGGGGUGAAUAGUAAAAAUUUUGAAUUGUAAUAGUUGUAUGAUUUGAAAUAAACAUGUGUUAUUGAUGUGAUGUUUCGAA